AUGGAGCUGUCUGUGCUCUGCCUCCUGACGCUGGCCCUCGCCUUUGUGCCUCAACUCUCAGCGACAGCAGUGCCUAUACCGCGACCUGGGUGUCCCCCGUAUAAAUAUCUAUCACCCCAAGAACUGAGUGUCAGGUUGUGCCUGAAGGAGUGUUCCACAGACCGUGACUGUAAGGACAACAAGAUCUGCUGUUUCGACGGCUGUUCCAACGUCUGUGUGCCUAGAAGUACAGGUCCUAAACCGGGAUCCUGCCCUGUUCCUGGUUUUGGGAUAUGUGUUAACCAUUGUUACAACGACCACCAAUGUGCCGGAAACCUGAAGUGCUGCUCUAACGGCUGUGGGAAAACCUGUGUCGCGCCAGUCAAGGAGGUGCCUAUACCGCGACCUGGGUGUCCCCCGUAUAAAUAUCUAUCACCCCAAGAACUGAGUGUCAGGUUGUGCCUGAAGGAGUGUUCCACAGACCGUGACUGUAAGGACAACAAGAUCUGCUGUUUCGACGGCUGUUCCAACGUCUGUGUGCCUAGAAGUACAGGUCCUAAACCGGGAUCCUGCCCUGUUCCUGGUUUUGGGAUAUGUGUUAACCAUUGUUACAACGACCACCAAUGUGACGGAAACCUGAAGUGCUGCUCUAACGGCUGUGGGAAAACCUGUGUCGCGCCAGUCAAGGAGGUGAAAGUGGGAUGCUGCCCGGCUCCGUUCCAGCCUCAGCAUUGUCACCGUGACGAUAAGUGCAAACAAGACAAUGACUGUGAUGAUGGCGAGAAAUGCUGCUUCGAUGGCUGCGAGAACACCUGCAGGAAGCCACUGGAAAAGAAAAAAGGAGUCUGCCCUGAGCCGAUCCCUCAUCUCACCACAUCUCCUGAUGAAUGCUCUGCGGACAACCAAUGUGAAGGCGGUCUGAAGUGCUGUUACAGCGGUGCUGCAAUGCAGUGUACGUGCCCUAAAGGCGCAAAGUAA